AUGAAUUUUGUAUUCAGUUAGCAAAAUGAUUUGUCUCUCAAUAAAGAUGGCAUAAACAAAAAAAUAAAGAAGAUAAAGUCUAAAGUAAAAAAGUAGAAGUUAACAAAUCAUUACAAUAAUUCUCUUUCUUCCAAAGAUGAAGCUAAAUAUAUUUUUGAGCUAACUUCCUCUAAAAAUGAAUAGAAAUAUUAACAAAUAGAUCAUUCUAGACCAACCAUAAUGAGUUAUUUGCACAAAGAUGUAUUCAGCAAUCUUUUCAAAAUUAUUUCUAUACAACAAUAGAAACAAGAAAUCAUAGUAAAAUGUCUACCUUUUAAGGAAACAAAUUUAUUAGAUAUCAAGAAAGACUUUCCUUUUUACAUUAAUUUAGAUGAGAUUUCAACUAAUAUUUCAAGUUUUGACUCACAAAGAACUUUAGAAUGUAAAAAAUAGAAAGAUGUUCCUUAAGAAAAAUAUGAAUUCAUCUUAAAUCCUAAGCAAGAUAUUAUAGGCUGUAAUCGUAUAGUCAACAAUUCUUGGCUCAAAAUGUUUGGGAUCAAUUAAGACAUGAUGAUUCAUAACUUAUUAAGGAAUCAGUCAUUUCCAUUUGGAUGGGACUUGGAAAAUUAAUUUAUAUAAAAUUAGAUAUCAAAUAUAUAUUCUAAUUAAAAGUUGAGAGUUUAGCUAGUUUGUUAUAAUGGUUAGAAAUUCAAUGCUCAGAUUCAAGUGAAAGCAGAAAUUGAAACUAAUACAAAAAAACAAUUUGUAUAACGAUAUACAAUUUAAUACUUUAUUAAUAGAGAGUAAUUGAGUUUAUCAAAAGUUGAAUAGAAUUUCAGAGUCUAUUUUGAAUUAAAAGACCUAUCUUAAGAGUUGUUAGAUAAAUUUAUUGAAAAAACCAAUAAACAUUGUCAAAUAAAGAAAUUAUGA